UCCAUGUCCCUGGAUGGUCUACUGUUCGUAUGAUAGGAGGAAACAGAAGUUGAUGGUAAAGACAUACGUCAAUGACCAUAAGUGUGAGAGGACAGGAUAUUCCAAGAUACUUAAGAGGUCAGCAAUUGCAAGUCUAUUUGCUGAGAGGUUAAGGCUUAAUCCUAAGCUCACGGUAAAGGAGAUACAGGCUGAGAUCUUGAGGGAGUAUAAGAUGGAAGUUUUAGAAAACUCAUGCAUUAAGGCCAAGACGAAGGUGAUGAAAGAAAGGAGGAAGACCCAUGAGGAGCAUUUUGAUAAAAUCUGGGAUUACCAAGCAGAGAUAUUGAGGAGCAAUCCUGGAUCAACCAUGAAAAUUGAGACCAUACCAGGAGCCAUUGUUGGAAGCAAGCAGAGGUUCUACAGGCUCUACAUGUGUUUCCAAGCACAAAAGGAAGCAUGAAAGAAGACUUAUAGGCCUGUUAUUGGCUUAGAUGGAGCCUUUUUGAAAUGGGACAUUAAGGGACAGUUGUUGGCUGCGGUUGGAAGAGAUGGAGACAAUAGGAUUGUUCCUAUUGCUUGGGUUGUAGUGGAGAUAGAGAAUGAUACAAACUGGGAUUGGUUUGUGAAGCGUUUGGCCUUGGAUUUGAGAUUGGAAGAUGGGAACGGCUUUGUUAUAAUGUCUGACAAACAAAAAGUAAACACCUUUCUUUCAUGAUACUCAAUGAAUGUUUGAUUCUUGUUUCUGAUUUUUUUUUCUCAUCUUGUAGGGAUUAGUGAAGGCAGUUCAUACCCUCCUUCCAGAAGCUGAGCAUAGACAGUGUUGUCGCCAUAUAUACGAAAACUAGAGGAAAUGUGAAAAAGAUCUAAGGUUACAAAGGUUCUUCUGGUUCAUUGCAAGGAGCUACACUCCUGGUAUGUUCAACUACAACAUGGACGAGCUUAAGAACUAUGAUCAUGCCCCACAUGCAUCUCUGAUAAAGACAAAGCCAGAGACUUGGUCUAGAGCUUUCUUCAAGAUAGGCUCCUACUGCAAUGAUAAUCUGAACAAUUUGUGUGAGUCCUUCAACAAGACCAUCAGGGAGCCUAGGAAGAAGCCUCUGCUAGACAUGUUAGAGGAGAUAAGGCGCCAAUGUAUGACUAGGAACUACAAUAGGUCUAAGAUGAUUAAUGACAUGAAAACUAGGUUCACCCAGAAGACACAUAAAGAGUUAGACAUGGUUGAGAAGAAGUCAAAAGAGUGUAGUCUGCGUUGGGCAAUUGGACCAGAGACUGAGGUGGAGGAUAAAAACCAGUCAUAUGUAGUGAAUUUGGAGAUUGAGACUUGUGCAUGUCGAAGCUUGCAAAUGAAUGGUAUUCUUUGCAUCCAUGCUACUAAGGUCAUCCUUGGUGUGGAAAGAAAACUUUCUGAAUUUGUUGCUCCUUACUUCACAACCUCUAAGUGGCGUGAAACCUACAGUUUUGGGAUCAGACCUGUAAAUGGGAUAAUCGAGUGGCCUCGGACCAAUAGAUUAGGUGUGAUUCCACCACCUAAUCGAAAUGGCAAGCCUGGUAGGCUUAAAAACCAUGAUCGAAAGAAGGGAACCAAUGAGACAGUGUCUACAACCAAGCUGAGCCGUGCGAACAGGGUAAUGACAUGCUCUAAUUGCAAAGAAGAAAGGCACUACAGGAAUACAUGUCGGAAGGCUUUUGUUCAGAGUCCACCUAAGAAACCAAGAGGCAGACCAAGGAAAUAUCAGGGAUUACAUUUUGGCGAGUCAGAAGGUCAAUCCUCACAAGCUCAAUCCUCACAAACUCAAGCAUCACCAUGGGAAGUUCCUCAAUCUUCACAAGGUCAAUCCUCACAAUCUCCAACCAUCACGAUGGGAAGUUCCCCAAUCCUCACAAGGUCAAGCAUCACAGACAACAGCGUGGGAAAGAUGGUUCUUUUAGAUCAAUAUUAAAUGCUUUUGUUGUGUGUUGUUUAUGAUGGUGUCUCUGUCUGAAUG